GAAUCAACCCAAUCAACAUUCAGAAAAACAUCUGUGUAGAUAAAACAUCAUAACCCAAAAAUGGCUAACCGUUUUGGUGUCAAGUUACAGAGUCGGCUGCCAAAUUUGGCGGGAUUUUAUCUAUUUUCAACCCCAAUAACAUGUACCAAUUCAGUUCAAUGUUGUUCAAAGGCUCAAACAAGAAUUGUUGGUAAGAGGAGAGCAAUUCGGUGCAGAAAUAUUCAUCGUAGAGUUGUCUUGGGAAUUGGGGUAUCGUUGUGGUCUCAGUUCAUGAGUAUGGCUGGCAAUGUCGGUGCUAAAUCCUUCGUGGCUUCUGCAAGACAGAAGGGUGCAAUUGAACAGGUUUUGAAGAAUGUUGAAUGGCCAGAACAAUUUCCUUUAAAGGAUGAAGAUUUCCAGCGGUUUGAUGAAUCAUCGGAUACGUUAUUCUAUGAAAUGCCGCGUUUCGUGACACAUAUUGAUGAUCAAGCUAUUGCUGCACUUACCAAGUAUUACUCAGAGGUCUUGCCUUCUAGUAACACUCCAGGAGUAGCAGUACUCGAUAUGUGCAGCAGUUGGGUCAGUCAUUACCCUGCUGGGUUCAAGCAAGAAAGGAUAGUUGGAAUGGGUAUGAAUGAAGAAGAGCUUAAGCGAAAUACAGUUCUUACAGAGUAUGUAGUUCAAGACUUGAACAAUAAUCCUAAGCUCCCAUUUGGAGACAAUACUUUUGAUGUUAUAACCAAUGUGGUUAGUGUAGAUUAUUUAACGAAGCCUCUUGAUGUUUUCAAAGAAAUGUCGCGUGUUCUUAAACCUGGUGGACUUGCAAUUAUGAGUUUCUCGAACCGCUGCUUUUGGACAAAGGCUAUCUCGAUAUGGACAUCAACUGGAGAUGCUGAUCAUGUUAUGAUUGUUGGGUCCUAUUUCCAUUAUGCUGGUGGAUUUGAACCUCCACAGGCUGUGGAUAUAUCUCCUAACCCUGGCCGCUCAGACCCCAUGUAUAUAGUCUAUUCCAGGAAGAUAGCGACAGCCUGAAAUUCAACGCUCGUCCAGCUAUAGAGUUUUCUUGUGCCAUUGAUCACAUCAUAAUGUAUAGUGAGGAGUAAGUGAAAGGUGAUUGAUAACAUUUUCCUUCAUAAAAUGUGAUCACGAUCCCGUUUUAACUAUCAUAACUUGAUGGAGUUGUGUAUAUUUUUAAGUUGAGGAUAAGUUUUGAGGAAAGAAACAAGUCCAACAUCACACAUCAC